AUGAGGCAUAAGAAGCAAAGGCCUGGAGGCUUCUUGCAGAGGUUUCCCUCUCGGAAGAGAGGUUUGAAGAAGUCAUGGCACUCAUCUUUGAAGCCAUUGAUGCCUCUGUUGAGCCGGCUGCCAAUCCUCAAUCUGCCAAGGAAGUCGAAGCAGCAGACUCAACCUGCUACCCGUCUAUGGUGGCCACUUCCCGAGAAUGCCUUGUACUCCACGAAGCUUUCUGCAAACUCAGCCAUCAUCGUCGUCGUUCGUGCAUCACCCAAAAUGGCUCUCCAACAGUCCAAAUUGUUAAUUUUGUUUCUGCUACUUUCCAUCAAAAUAGAAGCAACCUUCGAGAAUGUCACAAACCCUGUUUCGUCGUCGUCGUCCUCAUCCUCGCCGUGGUUGAAGAAGUUGCAUACCGGAGACGCAUUAGUGGGUGUUGGAACAGACCGUUUGUGUACCAACACUAACAUCGAUCCUUUCAACUGUGGUUCCUGUGGGAACGUUUGCUCCUUCGGCAACUUGUGUGUCUUUGGGUUGUGUGGUUAUGCACAGCAGCCGCCGCCUCCACCAUCAUCCCCGUCGUGUCCUCCUCCUCCUCCUCCUCCUCCGCCAUGUCCUCCUACGUCUCCACCACCGCCUCCAUGUCCUCCUAUGCCAAAGCAGAUGCCGCCGCCGCCACCUACGGCUGAUCACCACCACGUUCUUCGUCAACCACUCUCCGAACAUCAUCGGCCAACUGAACUGUAG